AUGCCUCGCAACGGAGAUGGAUCCAGCGACAAUGGUCCUAUUGAAGGCCAUGAGAUUCUUCACGGUACAACCGGAGAUGACUCUCUCCAACACACUAAACACGUAGCACCCAUGCCCGAGGGCGAAAAAGGAGACACCCUCCCCGGUCUCUCAGGCGGCGGCACCGCAACCCAGACAUCCACCUCGGACUCCAAAAAGCGCUCAGAACCCCACCACGACCCCCCCUCCCCAAUCUCGCACAUCCAGCAAAAACACUCCAAACUAGACAUCGACGAAGCCGGCAUCGCGGGCGCGACGUCACAAGCCGAGGCGGCGCACGCACGCGAGCAGCGGGUUAAAGACGCGGUGGGGACCGAGGAUGUAGGGAGUGGAGCUGGAGGGCAUGCGGAUGUGGAGAUGUUGCAUGGAAAGGCUAGGUUGAAUGAAGGUGAGCAGGGAGAGAAGAGUGAGGGAGGACAGAGUGGAGGAGCGUGUGAUGCAGAGUUGCUUCAGAGGAAGAAGGCUGAGAAAUUUGGGGGUGUGAAUCUACAUGAUGAUGAAGAGGCUGAUGGUGGGAAGAAUGGGACAAGUAGUACUACUAACGGGGGAAGUGUUAGGCACGAGGUGAGCGGUGCUGCUAACGGGGGAGGUGUUAGGCACGAGGAGAGUGGUGCUAAUGGGGGUCCUGGUCAGGACGGCGAGUCUGGUGCGCACAACGGAGGCCAUGUGGACAGUGAGGCGCACAGCAAGGGCAAUGGACAUGCAUCGGAAGGUAAGAAAAAGGACCACGGCCUUGAUCUUGCCAACGAUGCAGAUUUGUUGCAAAGGAAGAAAGCGGAGAAGUUUGGAGGCGUUAAUCUCGGCGAUGAUUAG